UUUGGUUAUGAAAGAUAAUUUUGAUCAAAACAAUAAAUGUUAUUGUUGGUACAAUCCUUCAUAUAUUGUAUAUGAAAAACCAAUUAGAGAUAAAUCAGUUUACGAAAAAUAUCAAUCAGAUUUUUCAGCAGAGGA